AUGUAGUAAAAUGUUCCACGAGGUUUUUCGUGGAAAAACCACUAGAGUGGAAUGCGAGUUGUUGAUAAUUUUGUUGGAACAAAACCCCAUCACAACCAAUUACCUAUUCACCUAACCUCAAUAAACAAACUGGUAAAUAUGAAAUGUAAUGGGAACCUAACAACCGAACGACCUGACAAGAAAUGUAAGCAACUUUUCUGUUUAGAUGUACACAGUUAUACAUAUACAUACAACGUAAACCUAUACCACUAAAUGAAUACAUUUUCCACCUUGGAGUUAUUUAUUCAGUUUUUAUGCAUUUUCAACUGAGCUCAUACAUAACAGAGUUUCAUUCCACAACACAAAAUUUUCAUAAAACAACGAAAGUGUAAUUGUUUAGUACGAAAUAGUUGAGGAGAUGUUUAUUCAGAUAAUUAUGUAAAUUGAAAAGACAAAUUUAUACAUUCGAACGGAAACAGUGAAGUUUUGAGUGGAGAAUUUGCAUUAAUUUGGUGUGCAUUAGAAAAAUAUAUAUGAGAAGUCUGUGUGUGGAUGAAAUUAUAUAGAGCAACGUUGAGCUGUUAAAAGCAAAUAAAAGAAACGGAACAGUCAUUGUGGACUUUGAUGAGAAAGUGUAUUUUCAAAGGGUGGAGCCAUGGAAUGUCGAUUUCUCCCGUAUAUUGCCAUUUUGAUAUGACGAAUUUCACAGCGAAAAUUUUAUUUAUUGGAUGCACCGUCAAAUGCCGAUAAUAAAGAGUCGAGGCAAAUCGGCACAUCCAGGCAAUGGUGUUGUUGGUAAUCAAUCAUUACUCAAAAUCGAAUCGGUCGUGCCAGCUGCUAGUCGCAAUCCAAACAAAUCGAUAUAUCGUUCGUACAGUACGCUCAGUUCGGGGUACUUUAAAAAGAUAAACGAAACCAAAGCUGAACAUGAUCAACGAAAGUCUAAUGCGAGCAAUGCUCAAAAUGGAUUCUGGCGAAUUCAGCGAAGUUCUAAGGAAAAGGAGAAAUUACCCGACCGAAUUAAUCUGGAUCGGAGGGGCCUCACAUCGUUGCCGGUCAUAGAAGACGAGCCGAAUUUGCGUCUUCUAUCGCUGCAACAUAAUUUGAUAAACAUUUUCCACGUUCCCGACUCGCAUCGACCCGAAAAAGUGUGUGUGGAAAACAAAGAUGGAACGAACAUUUCGUCAACUGAACCAAAAGUUAAAAGACUCGAACAAAUCAAAGCUUCGCCAACAACGAUUAGUACAAAAAAGCCAAAAAAAUUCAUUCAAAAAACAUCGUCAACGCGAAACGCCUGUCUCAAUGGUAACGUAGUUAACAAGCCCAUCUCGAACGGUCAUCCGCCACCUGCUCAUCAAAAUCAAAUCAUUAAGAGUUCAUUUAUACAAAAAUCGGUUUUCCUGCAUGCCAAGGAGAGAUACGUUCUGAAGAAGUCGAACAGCUUCAUCAACAAUUAUUCGCAACAUUUGGCCGCAACCAAGGCUCAUCUUGGUCGAUUAAUGCAAGCACGUUUAAAUCAGUCCAGCAGUGAUUCGGCACAGGAGGUCGAUAAAUUGAGUAACAAUAACAGCGGCGUUGAAAGUCUAGUCGUUAAAAACGAGACGCAAAUCAACUUUGCGGAGAGCUUACAGAACCUGGUCUUUUUGGAUUUGUACGAUAAUCAAAUCGAUAAGAUAUCCUCUCUGGAUGGAUUGAAAAGUUUGACGGUCUUACUUCUCGGAAAGAAUCGAAUCAACGACAUAACUGGAAUUGUAUCGGUGAAAAGCACCUUGAGAGUCUUGGACCUGCAUGGUAACAAGAUCAGCAACAUAACACAAAAGAUAUCUCACUUACAAGAGCUGAAAUCUCUGAAUCUGGCUGGAAAUAGUCUGAAGGCAAUACAUACCGAUGACUUCAAAGGACUAUUCAAUUUGCGUGAGCUGAACUUAAAGCGAAAUAAAAUCAAGAAAAUCAACGGUUUCGACGACUUACGCAAUUUAGAACGACUGUGGCUGUGCCACAAUGAUUUACAAAAGGUUGAAGAUAUGUCCAGCAUAGCGAAAGCGAUCAAUUUGAAAGAAGUGACCAUCGAAAAUAAUCCGGUCUCGUUGGGUGGAGAUUGUGUGUCGUUUUUAGUCAGCUACUUGCCCACAUUGAUAUCACUGAGUCAAAUGCAAGUGACCGAACAGGUGCGUCGGGCUGCUAUGGCAUGGAGAAAGAGUAAAGAGACGUCGGACGCCAAAUACUCCCAUCUGACCAAUGAUGUGCAUCACACAAUACGGCGCGAAGAAGUGAUUUCAAAUGCUCGUACCAAUUGGGAAUUGCUACGGACCCAGCAACACAUGGGCAACAAAAGUUCCUCUUUUAUACAGAAAACCAUUAAAAAUACGUCGCAGCAAUUGCAAGUUCCUGUGUCCGAUAUUGAAGGAGACAUUUAUAGCAACUGUUCGACGGAAACAAGCGCAGAGAAGAAGUUUGUUCGCCAAAAGAGUUUCAUGAGUCGAGCCAAUAAGGCGAGAAAAAUUCCCAAUAUGAAGCGUUCAUGUUCGCAGGAUAAUUUCUCCAAUCCAGUCAAAGUGAAUGAGACGCAAGAAGAUUUCUUCCGGCUGCCGCCAAUUCUAGCACCAUUCUUGGAUCAAACCUGUGGAUCAGGGCGAAAAGAUGCAAAUUCGUCCUGUUCAAGCUUAGGACCAAACGUUGAUUCGUCGUCGAGUUGUGUAAGCAGUGCCGAUGAAGACGAUGAGAAGAAGAAACCUGAAACCGUUGAGGAAACUUCCAAUGAACCUAUCGACUCAGUUCCUAUUGCUGAAACUAUAAUCAAAGAAGUUGACGAGGUGAAAGAAGUCAUUACUAACACCAGCAGUGUUCCUAAAUUGAACUUACCUUGCGAAGUGGCAGCCGUUGAGACGAUCAGCAAUCAACUAAUGGAACCAUUAGUCACAUUACAAGAAGAGAACAACAAUUCGUUUCUACAAGUACCUUCCGAAGUCCUUCAAGAAGAGUCUAAUCUUAAAAGACCCGAGCCUGCCAUUGCUACCACUCAAAAGUCUCCUCCUGCCGAUGAAGACUCUCAAUCAGAUAAAACAUCCAAUCUGUCGUCGAAUUCGCAGAAAACCAUUUCCGAUGGAUCGAUGCUCACAAAUUGCUCGGCCGACGACAGCAGAUCCAAAUCGAAAAGUGCUAAUACAAACCGAAAAAACGCCAAUCCACUGAUACGUUCACACACGGCAAAGACUGUCUCAUCGACACCAUCGAAUCAGCCAAUAAUGCCAAAACCGUUGAAGCAGCCAGUUACCGAACGUGAACGAGAACAAGGUGGCGAUUAUCUCAUCGAAAUUUGUGGACGAUAUCUGAAUGUUUACGGAGCUGGUGCUAUAAAAUUCAUCGACAGACAAUGGAACGUUCAAAAGGCUAACGAUGUGCACACCUUCAAGUUCAGUUACGUCAAUUUCAACAGCAUCGCAACGAUCCUAAACAAAAUCAAGGCUCGCUUUCCCAAUGUCGAAAAUUUUGUGUUCCGCGAAACGAACAUCACGAAUCUGGGUCAGUUGAAUGCAUUGAGCGAACUGCAAGGCAUUUCAUCGCUGAUCAUCGAUCCGGAAGGCAAUGUUAUUUGCACGAAAAAUUGGAGACUGUACGCAAUCUAUCGACUGUCUCAUUGGGGCAUUAAAACAAUAAACGGCGAAGAUGUCACACCGGAGGAGAUUGAAGAAGCGCAAAUCGCAUACGCAGGACUCUCCGACUUAGUGCUGUGGUCACUACCGGAUUCACUACUGGAACCGUUACUGGCCAGAUUGCGAUUAGACGAAAAUUUCUCGGCAAGUAAAUUGACGCCAAAGCAAUGGUUAAUGGAUGCUGAUCAGUCGCUCAAGGCGGUUGUGGGAAAAGAAGCGUUGCAAUGCCAAAAACUAAUGGCCGCAUCGGACGAGAGUGCCGUACGGCAAAAGGGACGACAGUAUUUUGCCACAAUGAUGGAAAACACAUGCAAUGCUGUCGAUAAACUGCAGAAACUGGAAGCGUUAUGGCCGAAUAUGUUGGUCGAAAUGGUUACGAAUACAUUAUUAGAUUAUGCACAAGUUGACGUUUAUGUUAAGAAUUUGAUGACUGAACUGAUGAAAGGACCACCCUAGGCUUAAUAGAAGUUUUUACGAAUUUUUGUUGGAAGUCGUUCGUUCGCUUUGUUUUUUUAAAACAAAGAUAAAAAAUGUCCGGACACAGUCCCGGCCUGGUCAUACUGGAGAUUCGGGCGAUUGCCGAUGGGCCUUUUGGAUUUUUGUACGAAAAUUUGUAAUUUUUGGGAUUUUUACAAAUGAGUUGUAUGUGCCAGGCCGGCCCUGUCAGGACAUUUGGACAGCUUUGACUAAAUUGUUUGUUUUUUCAAUCGAUCAUUGCAACUGACGACCAAUUUAUUGUUAUUGUUUUACAUGCAAAUUUAGAAAAUAUUUAAAUGUUGUUACCGAAGCGAUUAAAGCA